UCACCUGAUUUGUUUCACACAUCCAAUUACUUAAAACAUAUUCAUAAUAUAUCCUGAUCUCGAAGGAUGGAGGAAUGCAGAAAGCUAGAAGCUGAAGAAGAAGCUCAAGCAGGAGUUGAUAUAUGGAAAUAUGCGUUCGGGUUUGUCGACAUGGCAGUCGUGAAAUGUGCCAUCGAGCUUGGAAUACCCGACACGCUAGUUAACCAGGACAAACCCAUGACCCUUUCAGAGAUCUCCGCCGCCCUCCGGUGCUCACCACCCCAACUCUACCGCAUCAUGAGGUACUUGGUGCAUCGAAAGAUAGUCAAAGAAGUAGCAUCCACCGCCACUGAUGGCUCAAUAGGCUACAUAUCAACCCCUCUUUCCCGUCGAAUGACCAGUCAUGGAGAUGGCACCUUGGCUCCCCUCAUCCUGCUUGAAAGCAGCCCGGUGAUGCUCGCACCGUGGCUGAAUCUAAGCGCACGUGUUUUGCUGGAAGGAGAGAAUACGCGUUCCCCUUUUGAGAGAGCGAAUGAUGAGGAGAUAUGGCAGUAUGCUGCGAAGAAUCCAGGACAUAGUGAGCUGAUAAAUGAGGCUAUGGCGUGUGAUGCGAGGUUGGUGGUUCCGGCGAUCGUGAAGGGAUGUCCAGAGGUGUUUGAGGGAGUGGAGAAUGUGGUGGAUGUUGGAGGCGGCAACGGGACUGCUUUGGGAUUGUUGGUAAAGGCUUUUCCUUGGGUUAAAGGCAUAAACUUUGAUCUUCCUCAUGUUGUGUCUGUCGCAAAUAAGUAUGAUGGUGUUGAGAAUGUAGGAGGUGAUAUGUUCAAAAGUGUUCCAAAAGCUGACGCUGCUUUCACUAUGUGGGUGUUGCAUGAUUGGAACGACGAGUAUUGCAUCAGAAUCUUGGAGAAAUGCAAAGAAGCAAUUAGAGGUGAGGAGAAAUGUGGGAAGAUGAUAAUAGUUGACGCAGUGGUUGAGGAGAAGAAAGAUGAAGAAGUUGAGUUGGUGAGGUUGAUGUUGGACAUGGUGAUGGUGGCUCAUACUAACAAUGGUAAAGAAAGGACAUUGAAGGAAUGGGAGUAUGUCCUGACUGAAGCUGGAUUCAGCAGCUUCAAAGUGAAACAUAUAGAAGCUGUUCAGUCUGUGAUUGAAGCUUAUCCUUGAUAUAUUAGUUUAUACAAAUCUAUCCAAGUUGAGAUCCGUGCCUUUGAUUUUCUCGUCUUGUCUUGUAGGGGAUGCCGUUCCAACGUGAGGAGUGCAUAUUGCCUUUUUUGGAAUAAUUUCUGCUAUGUUUUAUAUUCUUCCUUAUUUGUACUUUGUUUUUCUAAAUCAAUCGUGGUUUG